GCGGUAGGAUGGAUAAAAACUCUUUAGUCGUAAUUUUAAUUCUCAUGUUCAAAUAUUGAGGAUAAAUAACCCGAUAGAAAAUAAAGAGAGAAAAAACUCUAUUAGUCUAACAUUCUUUUUCAGAACCGAUGGUGUAAAAUGGUCUUAACUUUUUGCCUCAAUAUUGAAUUAAUGAACGAUUCAAUUCGUUGGAAACUAGACUCAAAGACCGAUAUGACAAUGUGAUGCCUCAAAUGUGAAUAUCUUUUACUAAAAAUCUUGUGCUUCUGGAAAAUCUAAACUUCUUCAACACUUUAAUUCUCAAACUUUCUAUUGUCAACAAAUAAUUUUUUACAAUCCACAAACCAUUUUCAUAUCAAAUUUGCUUCAAUUAUAAGUCUAAAAAGUUGCCUCAUUAUGAGAUUCACAUUCUACCAACUUCACCUUUUAUUAACAUUCUUAAUUAAUCCAUCAGUUCAAAAUCCAAUCUAUAUAUAUUCCAAUCAUCUUUUCACAUAUUUACAAUCCAUAGCAACUUUAAUUUAUUUAUUUAUUCCCCCCAAAAAAAAUGUCUAAGCAAAGUGUGAGGAAACAUCAUGCAUUAGAGAAACAUAGAGAAAAAGAAAAAACAAGAAGCAAUAAUAUUAGUAGUAAUUUCUUAUUAUCUAAACAUUGGAAAAAAAUUUACCCUAUAGGGUUACAUAAAACAAGUUCUUCUCUCUCACUUUCUUCACUAUCUUUAUCUUUAUCACAAACUUCAAAUGAUUCUUCGAUUACUGAUUCUUCUUCAAUCACUCCAUUGGAUCAAAAAAUCUCUCUAGCACUACGAUUAAUCGCGUCAUCAAGGGAGAAAAAUGAGGGUUCGAGCAUGUCCAAUAAGAACGUGGCUCGAAUGAUUAGUCCAAACCCUAAUCCAAACCCUAGUAGUGAAGAAGAACUCAUGAGAAGGUGCAAUUGGAUAACUAGUACUAGUGAUAAGGUUUAUGUGCAAUUCCAUGAUGAAUGUUGGGGAGUUCCUGUUUAUGAUGACCAUCAAUUAUUCGAGCUUCUUGCAUUAUGUGGAAUGCUUAUGGAUUUCAAUUGGACUGAAAUUUUAAAGAGAAGGGAACUAAUAAGAGAAGCAUUUGGUGGAUUUAAUGCAAAUUAUGUGGCCAAAAUGGGGGAGAGUGAGAUUGAAGAAUUAAUCUCAAAUCCAUCACUCAAUUUAGCAGAAAGCAGAGUUAGAUGCAUAGUUGACAAUGCCAAAUGCAUAAUCAAGAUUGUGAGAGAAUAUGGAUCAUUUAGCAGCUACAUGUGGAAUUAUGUGAAUUAUAAACCUAUAAUUAACAGAUUUAGACAUCCAAGAAAUGUUCCAUUAAGAACACCAAAAGCAGAAACAAUUAGCAAAGAUUUAUUGAAGAAAGGAUUUAGAUUUGUUGGGCCAGUAAUUGUUUAUUCAUUCAUGCAAGCUGCUGGGAUGACAAUUGAUCAUUUGGUUGAUUGUAUUAGGCAUAAACAUUGUGUUAAUCUUGCUGAAAGACCAUGGAGGCAUGUAUGAGUUUAAUUUAUUUUAAUUAUGUAUGCUUUUUAUUUUAUUUUAAGUUGUUUUUUUGCCAACAAAUUUAGUGUAAUUCACGAGUGAAAUAAUUACCUAGAAAGAGUGGUGUGUGCGCAGACUUGUUUCUAUUAUGUGAAUGUAGAGAACACUAGCUUUUGUUUAUAACAAUAUAUUCAGUGUAAUUUACGAAUAAAGUCUGGAGAGAUUGGUGCGUACACCGUCUUGUUGUUGCCACUAGUUUUGCUUGAAAGAAUGUAAUCAGUAUAAUCUUAUGAGUGGUAUCUGAAGAGAGUGGUGUGUACAUAGUCUUGUUUUUGUCUUGUGAAUGUAGAGAGAUUGUUUUUGGCAAAUGGCUUUACUCGUAUGUAUCAAUUAUGAGUUGAAUGGUGUAUUUAGUUCCAUGUUUAUUUUUAAUUAUAUAAAAUUGUAAAUUGCAUUU